ACCUCGGCAACAGCCAAAUACAGACCAAAACUAAUUCUGUGAGAAACGCUUUGGCGCACCCCACAGCUUGCCACCCAACAAUUUCCCGCCAACCGUUGUGACGUCAUUCUUCAUCAUUCUAUUCGUACUACGUUUUAUUCGGAGUGUAUGUUUGUGUUACAUACAUCAUUAUAAAUGUCACACUUAUACACACAUCAUGGAUAAGAAAUGCCGGACGAGCAUGCAUCCUUCUCAUACGUGAUUUUGUUUGUCUUGUCUUGGUCUUAUCAUAAAAUCUAUGACAUAGAUAGUACUAUGUCAUAAUACAUUUCUGACCAUGCCUGUAACUUCGCAUAACUUUAAGCUUGAGGUUUUCUGAGACUGCUGCACGCAUAAGCUGACCAAGGGAUUAUUUCGGCGAGUUUUUAUUUGCAUUUCUGCAAAUAUAUAAAUAAUUUUCACGUGGCGAAAUUGUGAGUUGACAAUUCGUCCGAUGUCUCUCGAUAAAUUUGUAGUGAAACAGGCCCCGCCUACUGUCUUUUAUAUCUCGAAUUUCAUCAGCGAGACAGAGGAGGAAAUGAUAAUUAAAAAUGUGAAUUCAGUUCCCAAACCAAAAUGGACUCAAUUGUCAAAUCGGAGGUUACAAAACUGGGGAGGAAUUCCCCAUCCAAAAGGAAUGGUUGCAGAGAAAAUACCACUUUGGCUUCAAACACACAUGAAUCAAAUUGGACAAUUGGGGAUUUUUGCUCCUGGGAAAAUGCCUAAUCAUGUAUUGAUCAAUGAGUACCAACCAGCUCAAGGUAUCAUGCCUCAUACUGAUGGGCCCUUAUUUCACCCAACAAUUACAACCAUUUCCUGUGGAUCACACACUGUAUUAGAUUUCUCAAAACGCGUUAGAAGUGAUGCAGAAAAGAAUGAUGCCUCCAGUACACAUCAAGAAGAUGGUUUUUCUUUGUUCUUGGAGCGACGUAGUCUUGUUGUUAUUCAGGAUGAAGUGUAUGAUAAUUACCUUCACUCUAUAGCAGAAGUAAGCAGAGAUAUCCUAAGUAACAAAAUAAAAAAUUUGCAACUGUGUCAGAGCCAGUAUGAAAAUAACCAAGAACUGGUCCGAGGGACUAGAAUUUCAUUGACAAUUAGACAUGUACCAUGCACCACAAAAGUCUUAUUACGGUUGAGUAAAUAAAAAUAUUUUUAUAAAAGAAAAUUGUGAAAUAUUUGUUCCGUGCCCUCUCACAUUUAUAUUCAUG